AGCCUCUCCGGCUCGAGCCGCCCGGCCGUGGCGCUAGCCCCGGCCCUGUGGGAGAGCAGCGCCCCCAGACCCCCCCGCGUCGUGAAGAAGCACGACGGGAGGUGUGUCGCGACUUUCGGCCUCCGGGGGCCCUUCCUGGGCCUCGGGACCGUCAAAAAGCGGUUCGGGAUGAGAGACCGGUCCCGCGGAAAGGGUCCAGACCUUUGGGGGUCGACGCUGCAAAACACAUCACGAGGUCGGGGGCCUGGGCCCCUUCCGAGGAGGGCGGGUUGAGGCAGCGGUGGGGCUCGCUCGGGGCCCGGGGACCGCACCGCGGGCGGAGCGCUGGCCUGGCGCGGGAGGGGGUGCGUCUCGGGGCGGCCGAAGUCAGAGGGCCGCGCCCCAGCUGGGGCGUUCAGCCUUGCCAGCCACGCCCUCGGCGCCGCCGCCGGCGCUUGCGUCGCUGCUUGCGGAGGAGCGACGGCAGCGCCGUGGCCUGCGGCGACAAAGUUUUCGGUCAGUGCGACGUCCCGGCGCUGGCGGCGGGUGGCUGGAAGCGCCCACACGGUCCUGCUCCGGAGCGACGGCGGCGCCGUGGCCUGCCUGCGGCUGGAAUCCUUUCGGUCUGCGCUUCGUCCCGGCGCUGGUGGGGGGGCCUGACCUUCGCGCAGGUUGCGGCUGGAGGCGGCUACGCGGCCCUGCUCGAGAGCGACGGCAGCGCCGUGGCCUGCGGCCUGAAUCGUGAAGUUCAGUGCGACCUCCUGGCGUUGGUGGGGGGGCUGGCCUACGCGGCGCACCUGCUUCCAGCGCUGCUCCUGCAGGCAUCGCCCGACGGCGACCCGGUGCGCUUCUUGACCUUCAGUGAGGCCGAGCGCUGCAGGGUCGGGGCCGGGCCCUCCGCCGUCCUGACGGACGUCUGCGGCCAGCUGGCGGCGGAGCAUCGGGCGGGCAGGCCCGGCCCCAGGGACCCCUGGCGGGGUCGGUGCGGUCUUGCCCGAUGGCCGAUGGCCGGCUGCUCGGCGGCGCCCUGGCCGGGGAGGCGGUCGGCCGCGCCCUGCGCGCCCGGCCUGCCUGGCGGAGCCGCCGCCCCGCGGUCGCGCGGACCGCACGGGAUAGGCGGCGCCCGGCGCGCAGGCCUGCGCCAGUCUGCGGCGGCGGGGGCCCCCGCAGGAGGCGUGGGGAGGAGGGCGAGGCAGAGGGACCGACCCCGAGCGGUGCGGGGAGUACUCCGGUAGGGGGCCACGGAGUGAGCCCCACCCUCCCCCUCUGAAGUCGUGGGGGGUAGGGGUAGGGUUCGCACGUGGCCCCCCAUCCUGAGACCUGGGCGGCGCAACUUCUUGGACAGCGGGGCAGCGUGCCCCGUGUCGGGCCCGUGAGCGCCCUCAUGGAUCCGUCCGGCUCGACAAGAGGGCGGCAGGAGGCCGGGGUCUGGGCCUCCUGCCGCGGGACCUGCCGCGGAGCUGCACCAUGCUCCCCUGCGAUCCGACGCUCCAGAAAAUCGGCCG